AUGGAAAACUUGCAGCUUCCGGUCUCGCAGCACUUCACAAACGCCCGCCUGGAGCAGGCAUACCGGCAGUACAUCGGCACCAUCCAGCUCGGCAACGAUGUGGCGAUGACGCGACUUAUGAUGGCUUAUCACGCCGUGGCAACCUACAAGACGCUGAAGGAGGCUCAUGAAAUGGACUGGAUGACGAUGUUGAUGAUCUGCAACUUUGCUGUGCUGGGAGCUACCCUGCUGCUGCCCUCAGUCUGGCCGGGGGUGUGGCGGCGGUGGAGGAACGUCAUCAUGCCGCCCCUCCUCGUUUCGCACACGGUCGCCCUGCACAUCUUCCUGGGCACAGAUGUGUUGGCGGUGCAGGCGCUGGUGCUCCAGAGGAGCCUCACCAGCAGGCUCAUCCCGGCUCAGGCCAUCGGGUACAUGGUGUUGGCCUCGUACAACUGGCACCAGGGCCAUGUGGAGACGCUGGCGCUCUACACGCUGCACACUGUGCUGGGUUUGAUCUUACCCUGCAUCAUCGUCUGGCAAGCAGAGUACAAGGCUCGGUACUCCUUCCUGCGAGAGGCUGCCAAAGCGCGGCCGAUCAGGCUGCCACCCCUCACACUCCUGGCACGGUUGAGCUGCCUGUGGCUGCUCCCUGUCUUCAUGCUCGAGGGCCUCACAGGACCCAUGUUCAUCUGUCGUUCCAUGCUGAAGACGGGGUACUCAUGGUGGGCCAUCUAUUCGCUCAUGCUGGCCUGGUCUGGAGCAGUCGUCUUGUAUAACUCCUACUUCUACAUCCUGGCCUGA